CAGUCCAACGUGCGAGUUCGAAGCGACAAGCGGUCCACUUCGCCUUAUUGGGGGCCAGGAUUUUUGAAAGUGACUAGUGACUAGUGGCAGAAUAUGUGCGGUUAGCCACGACAAUUUGCAGUGUCUCGAACCUCCCAACACACACCCAAAUAGCAAUCGAAUCGAACCAGAUCAAUCCAAUCUAAUACCCACUGCCAGCCCAAGGAGAAUCGAUUUUGUAGCUUGUGGAUACGCGGCGCGGAGUCGAGCUUUUUAAAAAUGUUUCCACCGCGGUUGCUGCGAAUCGCAUUUGUGAUAUGCCUGCUGAUUGUCUUGCUCUCGCCCUCCACAGACAGUGCACAGACCAAGACACGUCGGCGCCUGAGACGUCCCACAACAUCGGUCAGCUCGUCGAGGAGCAACCUGGUGGAGUCCAAGAAGUCCACCGAGGCUCCGGAGGCGGAGAAGCGUAUUGACCAGAUCACCUCCGCCACCACCACCAGUGUGCGCCGAACCCGUCUCCGUUCCAAGGCGAAACUGGGAGCAGCUGCAGCUGGAGGAGCAGCGGCGGCUGUUGGAGCAACUGCCCUGGUGGCCAGCGGAUCCUCGCUGAAGGGCAAGAAGACCAAGGUGGACGAUGGCACUCCGAAGAUCGUGUGCUACUACACCAACUGGUCGCAGUAUCGCGUCAAGAUUGGCAAGUUCGUUCCUGAGGAUAUUCCAGCCGAUCUCUGCACCCACAUUAUCUUCGCCUUCGGCUGGCUGAAGAAGAACAAGCUAAGCUCCUAUGAGUCCAACGAUGAGACCAAGGACAAUGUGCCUGGACUGUACGACCGCAUGAUGGGUCUGAAGAAGGCCAAUCCCAAACUGAAGAUCCUUCUUGCUCUUGGAGGCUGGUCCUUUGGCACCCAGAAGUUCAAGGACAUGUCAGCCACGCGAUACACCCGCCAGACCUUUGUCUACUCGGCCAUUCCCUUCCUGCGCAAGCGCGGCUUCGAUGGUCUCGAUAUGGAUUGGGAAUACCCCAAGGGAACCGAUGACAAGAAGAACUUCGUCCUGCUGCUGAAGGAACUGCGCGAGGCCUUCGAGGCUGAGGCCCAGGAACUUAAGAAGCCCCGUCUCCUGCUCUCCGCCGCCGUGCCCGUGGGUCCCGAUAAUAUUCGUGGUGGAUACGAUGUCCCCGCCAUUGCCAGUUAUCUGGAUUUCAUCAACCUGAUGGCCUACGAUUUCCAUGGAAAGUGGGAGCGUGAGACGGGACACAAUGCCCCACUGUAUGCCCCGUCCACCGAUUCCGAGUGGCGCAAACAGUUGUCCGUGGACAAUGCCGCCAGUCUGUGGGUUAAGAUGGGUGCUCCCAAGGAGAAGCUGAUCAUUGGAAUGCCCACCUACGGCAGAUCCUUUACCCUGGCCAAUGCGGAUAAGCAUGGUCCCAAUGCCCCCGCCUCGGGAGGCGGACGCGAAGGUGUCUACACCAAGGAGAGUGGUUUCCUGGCCUACUACGAGAUCUGCGAAAUGCUGCUGAAUGGCGCCGUCUAUGUGUGGGAUGAGGAGAUGAAGGUUCCCUAUCUGGUCGAUGGAGAUCAGUGGGUGGGAUUCGAUGAUGAGCGCGCCAUCAGGAACAAGAUGCACUGGAUCAAGUCGAAUGGCUUUGGAGGCGCCAUGGUCUGGACCAUCGACAUGGAUGACUUCAAGGGAGAGGUGUGUGGUGGAAAUGUUAAGUAUCCCCUGAUUGGAGCCAUGCGGGAGGAGCUCUUGGGCAUCUCGCGAGGCAAGGAGGCCAAGGAUGUCAACUGGACCGCCAUUGCUGCUACUUUCGAGGAUGUCGAAGAGAAACCCGAACCUAUCAAGAUCUCUGUGGAUGAGGUUCUCAACAAGGUGCGCAAGCCACAGGCGCAAAAGAAGCAGCGCAUCAAGUCUGGACAACAUGCUGUCGAUACAAACACUCGUCCCGCCCAGGUGUUCUGUUACCUGACCAGCUGGUCGGCCAAGCGACCUGGAGCCGGCAAAUUCCAGCCGGAGAACAUUGAUCCCAAGCUGUGCACCCACAUCGUUUAUGCCUUUGCCACCCUGCAGGACUACAAGCUGACCGAGGCCACCGAUGAUGAUCCGGAGAACUAUGAGAGUGUGAUUGCCCUGCGAGAUGCUAAUCCCGAUUUGCAGAUCCUUCUGGCCAUCGGCGGCUGGGCCUUUGGUUCCACGCCCUUCAAAGAGCUCACCUCGAAUGUGUUCCGUAUGAACCAGUUUGUCUACGAGGCCAUCGAUUUCCUGCGCGACUAUAAGUUCAAUGGAUUGGAUGUCGAUUGGGAGUAUCCCCGUGGUGCCGAGGAUCGAGUGGCCUAUGUCAGUUUGCUGAAGGAACUUCGAGUGGCUUUCGAGGGUGAGGCCAAGUCCUCUGGACUGCCACGCCUCCUGCUCACCGCCGCCGUGCCCGCCUCCUUUGAGGCCAUUGCCGCUGGCUAUGAUGUGCCUGAGAUCUCCAAGUACCUGGACUUCAUCAACGUAAUGACCUACGACUUCCAUGGACAGUGGGAACGCACAGUGGGCCACAACUCACCUCUGUUUGCCCUGGAAUCGGCCACUGGCUACCAAAAGAAACUGACCGUUGACUACAGUGCCAGGGAGUGGGUGAAGCAGGGCGCUCCCAAGGAGAAGCUGCUCAUCGGCAUGCCCACCUAUGGACGAAGUUUCGAGCUGGUCAACGACACCCAAUUCGAUAUUGGAUCCCCCUCGUCCGGCGGUGGCAAGGCGGGCAAGUUCACCAACGAGGCGGGAUUCCUCAGCUACUACGAGGUCUGCUCCUUCCUGGCGGCAGACAACACCACCCUCGUCUGGGACUCGGAGCAGCAGGUGCCCUUCGCCUACCGCGGCAACCAGUGGGUGGGCUUUGACGAUGAGCGUUCUCUCAAGACCAAGACCGAGUGGCUGAAGGAGCAGGGAUUCGGAGGCAUCAUGGUGUGGUCCAUUGACAUGGACGACUUCUCCGGACGCUGCGGCAGUGGCAAGUACCCGCUGCUGACCGCCCUGAGCGACGAGCUGAAGGACUACAAGGUGGAGCUGGAAUACGAUGGACCCUAUGAGUCCCACGGCCCACGAGGAGCCUACACCACCAAAGAUCCUCAUGACGUGACCUGCGCCGAAGAGGAUGGGCACAUCAGCUACCACAAGGAUUGGGCCGACUGCACCCACUACUACAUGUGCGAGGGCGAGAGGAAGCACCACAUGCCCUGUCCCGCCAACCUGGUCUUCAAUCCCCAGGAGAACGUCUGCGAUUGGCCCGAAAACGUCGAGGGAUGCCACACGCCCACGGAGGCGCCCGCCUAAGAGCUCCAUCUCUAGGAUGGAUUUGUUAAUAUUAUGAAAUCGAUGCCCUAGAUUUAGUUGUAAUGCGAAACUGCCACGAAACUCUUUUGCUGCCGCCGUCCCCUUUCCCCCCAAAAACUAACUACGAAAAAUACUCGAAUACUUGCUAAAUUUCGGCUACAUUUUUUUGUACACUAAAUAUAGGUCUAGCUAGUGCUGUAAGUAGUUUUUAUGUCUUAGUUACCAAUUCGCACCCCCAACAAAGAUGAGAACGACGAACCCAAAAACCAGAACUACUUUCUGCCAGGCCCAAAACUAACUUUCGCAUUUCCGUAUGACUCGUAACAAAAAGGUUUAUAUGGAAGAUGCCCGAAACUUCCGUAUAGCAAACUGUGAUAAUCAUAAGAGACCAACACCAACCAGAAAUCGGCCUAACAAGUCACUAUCGAAAUUUUGUCUAAAAUCAAGCGAAACAGUUUUCCCUACAACACACAAAGCUUUCUGCUGCUUUUGCCCCAGCUCCUCAUCUCAUAUUCGCCCCCUAUCUGAAUAAUAAUACAAACAGGCACAGAGAAAAUUGUACAUUUUCAAGUUUUAACAAUAAAUUUGUAUUAUAGAGUUGUAAUUACGUAGUUAAAAUAAAAAACACUUA